CUGCAGCCACGGUGGAUGUUAACACAAGGCGGCCAGCGAACGGACGACGGACGGACGGACGGGGAGCUUCAGUUGACUUUUCCACAGACACACACAGGAUGCUAACAUGGUUGUGAGGACUUGUCUCCAUCGUCCUGUUGUACAGUGAGGCAGUGAGCUCACGGAGGAUACAGCAUGCAUGUGUCGACAUAUCCCACGAUGCACUCUGCCAGCCCGGGUCUGCUCCUCCUCACUUUCCUCUCCCUGGCCGACGCUGACUCCCUGCCACGAUUUACCCGAACCCCGGAAGACCAGACAGGAGUCCAAGGCGGAGUGGCAUCGUUCGUGUGCCAGGCCGCCGGCGAGCCGCAGCCCAAGAUUGUGUGGAACAAGAAAGGCAAAAAAGUCAGCAACCAGAGAUUUGAGGUAAUUGAGUUUGACGACGGGACCGGCUCGGUCCUGAGGAUCCAGCCUCUGAGGACUCCUAGAGAUGAGGCGAUUUACGAAUGUCACGCCUCCAACUCGGCUGGAGAGCUCACCGCCUCCACCAGACUAAGUGUGCUACGAGAGGACCAGCUGCCUUCGGGGUUCCCCACCAUAGAUAUGGGUCCCCAGCUGAAAGUGGUCGAACGCUCUCGGACCGCCACCAUGCUCUGUGCGGCUAGUGGAAACCCUGACCCAGAAAUUUCUUGGUUCAAGGAUUUCCUGCCAGUCAACACAUCCAGUAACAAUGGACGAAUCAAGCAGCUGCGCUCAGGUGGCACGCCCAUACGAGGUGCACUGCAGAUUGAAAUGAGCGAAGAGUCUGACCAGGGCAAGUAUGAGUGUGUUGCCACCAACAGCGACGGAACUCGCUAUUCCACCCCGGCGAACCUCUAUGUCCGCGAGCUCCGAGAAGUGCGUCGCGUCCCCCCUCGGUUCUCCAUCCCCCCGGCGGACAGUGAGAUCAUGCCAGGGGGUAACGUCAACAUCACCUGCGUGGCAGUGGGCUCGCCCAUGCCCUACGUAAAGUGGAUGCUGGGGGCCGAGGACCUGACCCCAGAGGACGAUAUGCCCAUCGGCCGCAAUGUCCUCGAACUGACGGAUGUGCGCCAGUCCAACAAUUACACCUGCGUUGCCAUGUCAACGCUCGGCGUUAUUGAGGCGGUGGCGCAGAUUAUUGUCAAAGCUCUCCCAAAGGCUCCUGGCACACCCGUGGUGACUGAGAGGACUGCAACAAGCAUCACUCUCACCUGGGACUCUGGCAACCCCGAACCUGUUUCCUAUUAUAUCAUACAACACCGUUCCAAAGGCUCCGAGGACCCCUAUAAAGAGAUUGAUGGCAUCGCCACCACUCGCUACAGUGUGGGCGGCCUCAGCCCUUACUCCCAUUAUGACUUCCGCGUGGCAGCUGUUAACACCAUCGGCCAGGGUCCGUCCAGCGAAGUGGUGGAGGCUCGCACUGCGGAGCAGGCGCCCUCCUCGCCUCCCCGACAAGUCAGAGGUCGCAUGUUGAGCACAACAACGGCGAUCAUCCACUGGGAUGAGCCAGAGGAACCAAACGGUCAAGUUGUGGGCUACAGGGUGUAUUAUACCUCAGACAACACGCUGCCAGUCAACCAGUGGGAGAAGCAGAUGGUGCGGAGCGCCAACUUCAUCACCAUUCAGGGUUUGACUCCGAACAAGACGUAUUACAUCCGAGUGUUGGCUUUCACCUCUGUUGGAGAUGGUCCUCUUUCCCAGGACCUGCAGAUUAUUGCCAAGACUGGCGUCCCAUCCCAGCCUUCAGAGUUCAAAGGAGAGGCCAAAUCUGAGACGAGUAUCCUGUUGUCCUGGGUAGCGCCACCCCAGGGCGGCCCCGACAACCAGAUCACGGGAUAUGAACUGGUUUAUCGACGAGCAGACGAUACAGAGGAGAAGAAAGUGAGCUUUGAGCCGACAACCUCCUACCUGUUGAAGAACCUCAAGCCUUUCUCAGCCUAUACUUUCCAACUGGCUGCCCGUAGCAAACAUGGCAUCGGUGCAUAUACCAACGAGGUUUCCGUUGACACGCCCCAGACGCUUCCUUCAGCACCUCCUCAGGACAUAACAUGCACCAGCCCCACUUCUACCAGAAUCCUGGUAAGUUGGGCACCACCGCCUGUGGAGUUUCAGAACGGCGUCAUUACGGGAUACACCAUCCAGUACUCCGCUACGGGGGGCAACAAAACCUCCAAAAGGAUUGACGGCAUUCCUACGGAAGGUUCUCCGUAUCUCUUGCAAAACCUGGAGAAAUGGACCGAGUACGGAAUAACAGUGAGGGCGCAGACGGAAGCCGGCGACGGACCUGAGAGUUUACAGCUGAUUAUCCGCACCGAGGAAGAUGUUCCAAGUGGUCCUCCUCGAGGGGUGGACGCAGAGACAGUGAACGCCUCAGCCAUUAGGGUGAAAUGGCGAGCGCCAGCCCCUGAGCUGCAGCACGGUCAGAUCCGAGGCUACCAAGUCCACUACGUGAGGAUGAACUACGACGAGCCUCAGGGUCAGCCCUUCAUCAAGGACAUCCUCAUGGAGGACUCACAGUGGGAAUAUGACCAGUCAGCUCAAUAUGAGGCGCUUCUCGGAGACUUGAAAGUAGACACCUCCUACUCGAUCUCAGUAGGAGCUUACACCGCCAAGGGAGAUGGCGCUCGCAGCAAACCUGUUAGCGUCUGCACUGCUCUGCCGCUACCUGAACAGCCCAAACUCAUGGUGAGCGCAACUGACUCGGGCACUGCUCUGCUUCAGUGGUACCCGCCGCCAAAUCAGGUCACGCCGCUCCUGGGUUACCGCCUGACCUUUGGCCGCAUCGACGUCCUUCCCUUCACAGUGGUGGAGUUCCCCACCAAAGAGAAUCGCUACACGGCUCAGGACAUCCACAAGGGAGCCAACUAUGUGUUCAGACUGUCCGCCCGUAACAAAAUGGGCUACGGAGAGGAGGGAGUUAAAGAAGUGACCACCCCUGAAGGCUCCCCAACUGGAUAUCCAGAAAAUAUUAUCUCAGAGGAGAUUUCUGCCAACUCCCUACGCUUGACGUGGAAAUCAGUGCCACUCAUUGAGCAAAAUGGAAAAAUUGCCAAGUACUCAGUCCUGUACAAGGAUAUAAACAGUCGGGGCAAUUCCUCAGAAGUUGUAGUGCCCACUCCCGGGUCGAGUGUUUUGUUGGAGGGUCUGAGUGCCGAUACCGUGUACGAUGUCAGGGUGUGCGCGUUCACGGCUGUCGGGCGCGGUCCGUACAGCCCCGGUGUCCAGUUUAGGACGCAGCGGCUCGACCAAGUUUUUGCCACCAACUUCCGAGUGAAAGCCGCCAUGAAGAAUUCUGUUCUGUUGUCCUGGGAGGUCCGAGACAAGAAUCCUACCCAGCCAUUCACUAUCCUGUACGGAAAGGGUCAGUCUGUGGAAGUGGAUGGGACGCAGACUCAGAAGCUGAUCACCGGAUUGCAGCCAGACACCUUGUACUCGUUCUUGCUUACCAACCGAGCCAACAGCGCCGGGGGCCUGCAGCACCGCGUCACCGCCACGACUGCUCCAGAUAUCCUGAAAAGCAAGCCCAUCGUGCUGGGGCAGACCAAUGCUGAUGGCAUGGUGACUGUGCAACUUCCAUCUGUGCAGACGGCAGCUAAAGUCAAGGGCUAUUAUGUGGUGGUGGUGCCACUGAAGAAGCAGCGAGGAGGGAAGUUCUUGAAUCCAUGGGAGGACCCAGACCAGAUGAACUUAGAUGAGUUGCUGAGAGAGAUUAACAGAACCAGCGUAAGCCGUUCCCUCCGUAUCCGCAGACAGGCCGGCCAAUCGGAUCCCAGGGCUUACGUCAACGCUCAGUUCAAAACCCUCCCCAGGGAGUUCACGCUCGGCGACGACGGAAACUACGGCGACUUCCGCAACCGUCCGCUGCAGAACGGGCAGGAAUACGUCUUCUUUGUGCUCGCCCUGCUUGACCUUUCGGAGAACACUAUGUUCUCCACCAGUCCGUACUCCGAUCCCGUGACCUCAUCGGAUGUGGACCCGCAGCCAAUUGUCGACGAGGAAGAGGGCCUCUUGUGGGUCGUCGGUCCUGUGUUGGCCGUCAUCUUCAUCGUGUGCAUUGUCAUUGCCAUCCUUCUCUUCAAAAGCAAACCCGACAGGAAACGAGCCGAGGCGGAGGGCAGGAAGGGCAGUUUCCCCUGCAGCAAAGCCAUGUCAUCGCACCAUCCCACCGAUCCCGUGGAGCUGCGUAGAAUCAACUUCCAGACUCCAGGCAUGGCGAGCCACCCGCCCGUCCCCAUCUCGGAGCUGGCAGAUAACAUUGAGCGCCUCAAGGCAAACGACAACCUCAAGUUCUCACAAGAGUACGAGUCUGUUGACCCUGGUCAGCAGUUCACGUGGGAGAACUCCAACUUGGAAGUCAACAAACCAAAGAACCGCUACGCUAACGUCAUUGCCUACGACCACUCCAGGGUGAUACUCUCAGGCAUUGAGGGCGUCCCAGGGAGUGACUACAUCAACGGCAACUAUAUCGACGGGUACCGGCGUCAAAACGCCUACAUCGCCACUCAGGGUUCCCUUCCGGAGACCUUCGGAGACUUCUGGAGGAUGGUGUGGGAGCAACAUACAGCCAACAUUAUCAUGAUGACCAAGCUGGAGGAGAAGUCAAGGGUGAAGUGCGACCAGUACUGGCCGACACGAGGUACCGAGACCUACGGCCUCAUCCAGGUCACUCUGCUGGACACAGUGGAGCUGGCCACCUACUCCGUCAGGACCUUUGCGCUUUACAAGAGCGGCUCCAAUGAGAAGCGUGAGGUUCGUCACUUCCAAUUCACGGCCUGGCCAGACCACGGGGUACCUGAGCACCCCACUCCGUUCCUGGCCUUCCUGCGAAGGGUUAAGGCCUGCAACCCCGCAGAUGCGGGGCCCAUGAUCGUCCACUGCAGUGCCGGAGUGGGUCGCACAGGUUGCUUCAUCGUGAUCGACGCCAUGGCGGAGCGGAUCAAGCACGAGAAGACGGUGGACAUCUACGGCCACGUCACGGUCAUGCGCUCCCAGAGGAACUACAUGGUCCAGACGGAGGACCAGUAUAUCUUCAUCUACGACGCGCUGCUGGAGGCCGUGACCUGCGGGAACACGGAGGUCCCCGCCAGGAACUUGUACUCGUACAUCCAGAGGCUGACGCAGAUUGAACCCGGCGACAAUGUCACCGGCAUGGAGCUGGAGUUCAAGCGUCUGGCCAGCGCCAAGGCCCACACGUCGCGCUUCGUCAGUGCCAACCUGCCGUGCAACAAGUUCAAGAACAGGCUCGUCAACAUCAUGCCCUACGAGACCACGCGCGUCCCCCUGCAGCCAAUCAGAGGAGUGGAAGGGUCGGACUACAUCAACGCCAGCUUCAUCGACGGAUACAGGCAACAGAAGGCCUACGUAGCGACGCAAGGCCCGCUGGCGGAGACCACGGAGGACUACUGGAGGAUGCUGUGGGAACACAACUCCACCAUCGUUGUCAUGCUCACCAAACUGCGGGAGAUGGGACGGGAGAAAUGUCACCAGUAUUGGCCCGCGGAGCGCUCAGCUCGCUACCAGUACUUUGUGGUGGAUCCCAUGGCCGAGUACAACAUGCCUCAAUACAUCCUGCGAGAAUUCAAAGUCACCGACGCCAGAGAUGGCCAAUCGCGGACGGUUCGUCAAUUCCAGUUCACUGAUUGGCCAGAACAAGGAGUGCCAAAGUCCGGGGAGGGAUUCAUUGAUUUCAUUGGCCAAGUGCAUAAAACUAAAGAACAGUUUGGCCAGGAUGGACCAAUUACUGUGCACUGCAGCGCCGGAGUGGGCCGGACGGGCGUGUUCAUCACGCUGAGCAUCGUGCUGGAGAGGAUGCGCUACGAGGGCGUGGUGGACAUCUUCCAGACGGUCAAGAUGCUGCGCACGCAGAGGCCUGCCACCGUUCAAACAGAGGACCAGUACCAGUUCUGCUACCGUGCUAGUCUGGAGUACCUGGGAAGCUUUGAUCACUAUGCAACAUAAAUGUGUCACGGCACGUCCCGGCCGCCCCCCCCCCCCUCCCCCCCCAAAUCCACUCGUCUGUGGAUGAUUGCGCUGGGCGGCGACGUGUCUGUGAAGAGGGCGCCACAAACAUGCAGAGUGAAAAGGGGCGUCCUUCGUACCCACAAAGAGCACCUCUAACUGAGCCAUAAGCGACCUGCUUGACAAAGGGGUCUCCGCCCGCCCUUUGACCCAAACACGCCCAUUGGUCAGUCCGAAGAAGCAACUCGCUCCAAAGCUUGAUCAGAAUCUCCGUUGUCUUUGUUUCAGUCAGUGCUGUUUUCUAAGCACCCAGGUUGCUUUACAUUGUUCGGGUGUGGAACUGUUCACCUCAUCCACCACCAGUGUAGCAUCACCGACAUGGAUAGCUCGAUAGAACGUCACAGGACAUUGGAUUUUUCUAUCUUUAGACCAACUCGAAGGCAUCCAUCAUAUGGACGCCUCGUGGACGGACACAAAGUGGGACUUUGGAGCACGGGAGAAUUGCCAACCGGAGAGUGGAAACUCACCGAGCGCACACUUUUAAGGAUACACAGGACCCACAAUGGACACCAGGAAGUGUUUCCCCCCUUUUUUUUGGGGGGGGGGGGGGGGGGGGUGUUUUUAGGGAAGCAAAGUCUUGUUUCCUAUAAAUGAAGAAGAAAUUUCUAUCACAUAGUAAUUUAAAAAAUGCACCAGUUACACUUAAUUGUUCACAGAUUAAGAUAAGGGAAUUGUGAGAGGUUUCAAAAGCACCAACCCCACCACAAACAAAAUAUCAUUUUCUGAAAACAAAAGCAAAAGUGGGCUCUCUUCUAAAGGCACAGUCGUCCUUUUAUGAUACUUUGGGUUUUUUUUGUGCAUUUUUAUGUUAUCAUUUUUCUGAAAGAAAUACAAUCAGAUGCAGUUGGGGUUUGCAGUUUCUCAGAAACGUUCCCCGAACAACUAUUCCAUAGUCGCUUUUAUUUGCAUGAGCAAAUCGAUGAAGUCUUUGCCUGCCGGAUGAUUUACGGUUCAGGGUUAAGGUCUGUUUCAGGAUAUAGUUAGGUUCAGGUUUAGGGUUCUGGAUUUUGAUCUAUGGUUGGAUUUAGGGUCAGGGAACGGGUUUCGGGUUAGGAAGUUUGCGUAGGGUUGAGUGUUUCAGGUUAGAUAGGGAUGGAUUUGUUUUGGUUCGUAUUAGGGGAGCAAAGCAUCAGUUUUCAAAAGUGUUCUGCUACCAGCCGGUCCCUUGAAAUGUCUCCAUUAAUGCGUGUAAAUCAAGAGAGAGAAGAAAGAGCGUAGAUCACAAAUCCGUAGAGUGCACGGAAUGUUUUUCUUUAUUAUUUUUUGGGAGGGGGGGGGGGGGGGUGUGUGAGGAAGGAAAAACUAUUUAAAACUUCACCUAGAUUUCAGAACAAGAAUUGUGGAAAUGUGUCGAGACGAUGUUCUCACCGGAAUGCUCACCACCGGCCCGUGUGUCCGUCUGAUUCAGUGUGCAAUAAGUAGAUUCGUAUUCGAUAUAUUUUUGUGUCCACUCACUCACUGCAGUCACAUGCCAUGAUGAUGAUGAUGAUGAUGACGAUGAAGAUAAAUAUUACCCAUGGUGCAUCAUGUCCCAGACACGAGGCUAUUAAACAUUCGAGUCCGCCGCCCCACGUAAACAGUGUCGUCGUCACGGUAACCAGGAAACGAACGAAUGAUUGCAACCCCCAAUGAAUAGUUUAAGUUUAGAUUUCUAGUGCCUUAUAUUACACGCCUAUUUUGAUAAACUUACGUUUAAGGGUUCUUGUGUAUUUUACGUACGCACACUUAUGUAUAUUUGUGUCGCGCGUGUGUGUGUGUGUGUGUCAGUAUGUGUGUGCGUGUGUGAGAGAGAUUUUUUGUUCUGUUCCACGAUGUGAAAAUUGCUGGUGUUCUUUUGUUUUUCAACGGCUCGUCAUAACUCAUCACUUUGAAAGGAAUGCAGUCGUAUCGUUUUUGAAGGUGUCCAACAAAGGUUUAUUUCCAACGUAUGGGCUGUAAAUGAUAUGAUGAGUUUGAUAAGUCAAAUGUGCGCAGUGAUGCUAUUUCCUCAAAUAAUGGCCUCCGCUUUAAUUGAUUGAACGAAUAAACGCCGCACCCCAAAUAGACAUUUCUGUUUUUAUCUAUGCUUUUUCUCUUCUUUUUUCCUGGGUUUGCAGUAAUCCCUCGUUUAUCGUGGGGGGUAUAGGUUCCAGACCACCCACCCCCACGAUAGGUGAAUUCUGCGAAGUAGUGUGACAUAUUGCAGUUGUUUUUUUUUGUUUUUUUUUAUCCCCUUGUCAGUGCAGUCAACGCUUAAUGUGAAAAAAAAUCUUAAUGUCACCAAACUGUGACCAAUUGUCUCCAAAAUGUAUGUGGACAUCUCUAAUUACGCCCCCUUCCCCAUCUGAAUAAUAUCAGAACGAUUUUAUAUAAAUAUGGGUCAUAUCUGGCCACUAUAUGAGGAAAUCAAAACAUUUUUAUUGUCAAAUCGAAGAGGGAAAAAAAGCGAAAUGACGACAUUUGUGCAAACAGGAGUAAAUCCCGCAGGCAACAGCGUCGCUUGUCCUGCCCUCGUCACCGUUCUGGUGCCCCCGGUGUUGUUUUUGUAAGCAUGGUACCACUUCGGAGAUGCCCCGUUGGUCGCACCUGUAAUGGGAAGACGUGCACUUUCUCUCUUGUACUAUGCACUAAAUGCUCUUAUCUCUGUUAGCCCCCCCACCCCAACCCCCUUCUAAAAAAAAAAAGAUGAAAAGUUUCCUUGAACUAGCUCAUCAUGGACGCUGCAAUGCUCACACGGUUGUGUAUAUGUAAAUAACACCCAACACAGAGACUCGUUGAAAUUCUUAAAUAAUGAAGAUGAAGAGUCAGUGAACUAUCUCCGAUAUACAGAGCGAUAUAACAAAAGAUUGCACCAGAAAUCAGUUUAUGGCACAGAAAUAUGUGCAAUACAUCACAUUGUGGCUUUGUUGCACCACAAAUGAGUUAAACGUGAUAAACGUGUUCGACUUUACCCCCCAAUGUAUCAUGUAGAUGGAUUAAAAACUGGAGUUUAUAAAUUAUAUAAAAAUGAAAAUAAUGGUGUGUUGCUCGGAUCAGUCACCUCCAACUGGUCUGUAUAUGUAAACUUUUUGUUUGUUUGUUUUUCAUUUUCUGCUCCGGGUCAACAAGUGCUUUUUUUUAUUUUUAUUUUUAUUUUUCUUACAUCGGUUGUCAGAGUGUGUGCAAACCUGAGGAUGAAAAAAAACACACACGGGUCUGUAUGGAUUUCUGUUCUUUGUCGACACAAGUUUCAUUUGUUACAAAUAAACUCAAGUGAAAUAAAA